AUGUCGGAUCAUCUGGCUCCGUUAUCUGGUGCAAUGGAUACCCACUCACACAAUCCUCGAUCAGUACCUUUGCAGCUAGAUAAUGAGUCUCAAAGUCCUGCUGAUAAGAGCUCUACCAUACCUGGGCAGGUCGAGUCGACCUUACGCCCCAGGCCACCACAUUUGACUUGGAGCCACCGAUGGGAAGUCGGCAAAGAUCAAUCUCCAGAAGACCUUAUUAUAGGAACCGGCUUCUCAAGCAGUGGUCCUGUAUCGCCCGUAUCACCCAUUAGCUCCGAAGUAUCGCGAACACCAAAUGUCUCGGACCGACCGAGGUACUCGUAUAAGCAUCCUUCAACCCCCGGAGCAACCUCGCCAUUACAUAACCGUCUCCAUUCUCCUGCCUCUCAAAUAUUUGAACGAGACGUGCAGGAGGAUAUAUUGCCAACACAGUCCUCACCGUCGAUCCCCGCGCACAUUCGCACGGAGAACUAUAUCCCACCGGUACUCGAAGCCUCCUCCGCCGCGAUCACGGACGAACAAUUGAAUCCGGACUCAGUCGAGAUUGUCACUCACAGUCUCCAUCAACCUGCGGCUGUGGGGGUCACUGGUCUAUCCACCGCGGAACGGUCUUUGGCAUCCUCUGGCAUCGUUGAUCAUGAUGGAAUACACGCUACCGAUACUGACGAAGUUUCAUCGUCCUAUGGUGCUUUGGAUACUCAUGAUGUGCGACGUUUAAGCUUCAUAUCCUUUGCGGAUGUAGUAAAUGCCGAACAUGCGGAGUCGGGGGAAUCUAGUAUGUAUUGUCGAGAGCUCUCCCAGGGUACUGCUGUGAGCGGGAGUUCCUUUGCAGCUGGGUUGCAGAACCGCUCUCCAUCUCCACUGCGCUCCCCUGCCUCCUCACAUGGACCUGGAACGUCCCCUCCAACCAGUAUCGCCACUUCAGUCAAAGGACUAGAGAUGUCACCUAGCCAAGGCCCUCGAGCUCCAGCUAGUCCAUUGGCAAUGGCCCAGAGUCUCGUUUCUCCUAGCUUUGGUGGGGAGCUCAACGUGGAAACCAUGCGUCAGGCAUUGCGAAGAACGACCAGUGGAGAUCUUGGCGGUAUAGCAAACCAGAUCUUUGGAAAUGAAGAACCCCUGGAUCAGUCGUUCUAG